CCGUCGUUCACCCAUGACCCGAAUUGCUGUUUUGUUUCGAUAAAUUCUAUAAAAAAAAAAUCAAAUUAAACUUCAUUUCAUAUAAAACCUAUUUUGAAUUGAAUUAAUCUUUCGCUUGGGGACAGUUAUUUGUAAUUUGAAAAGUUUUGUAAAUUUUAUUUUUAUGGAAAGCACUCCUACGACUUCUUGUUCUAAGGUUUCCUCAAUUGAAAAAUAAAACCUAUUUUGAAUUCCAAACAUUGGAAUUCCAUAUAGUAGAAUAGAAAAAAAAAUGAUAGUAAAAUAUCAUAAUAGACGAUCCUAAUUAAAUAUCAUAAUAGACGAUCCUAAUUAAAUAUCAUAAUAGACGUCAAAUAUCAAAAUAGACGAUCAUAAUCAAAAAAUGAUAGUAAAAUAUCAUAGUAUAAGAUGUGAAGGCAAAUCUACUAGUUUAUUGUUUUCUAUUAUAGAAAAAUAAUAGAAAAAAUUAUAGGAAAACAAGUUAAAAAAAAAAAAAUAAAGGAGAAUUUUAUGAUUAUAGGUUCUGAUUUCUUUUUUGAAGGUACUCAAUUCUGUUGUUGUAGUCGGACUGUAUUAUGGAUUUCUUACCACAUUUUCAAUAAGGUCCUCUUAUUUCUUUUUUGUGCGAACUAUGGUUAUGGAAAAAGAACCAAAUACAAAUAAGAAGGUAGCAGCAACCACUGGUUUUUUUAUGGGACAGCUCAUAAGAUUCGUAUCCAUCUAUUAUGCGCCCCUUUAUCUAGCUUUGGGUAGACCUCAUACAAUAACUGUCCUUGCUUUACCUUAUCUUUUGAUUCAGCUUUUCUUGAACACUGAAAAAAAAAUUUUUGCUUAUGGAUCUAAUAACCAAAAUUCAAUCCGUGAUCUAGAGAAUAUCUUUGUAUUCCUCAAUCAUCUUAUUUUUCAGUUGCUUAACAUUUGUAUUUUACCAAGUUCAACGUUAGCCCGAUUAGUAAGCAUUUAUCUGUUUCGCUGUAACAAUAAGAUGUUGUUUGUAAUAAGCAGUUUUUUUGCUUGGGGAAUUGGACAAAUUUU